UGGAUGAGAUAUUUCUUUCUGGUUAGAUUUAUAUCUAGUUUUUUUAAUCUAAUCGCAAUAAUCUAGAAGCCACAAGCCGCGUACGUGCUGCUUAAUGCAAAUUUAUGCUAAUUGCUUUGUUUUUCAUCCACGUUCCUUUCUAUCGGCGUCUCUCAAAGUGGUAUAGAGACCGUGUAUUCCACGAAUUUUAUCGCCUGUUCCGCAUUUUAUGCCGUUAUCUUCUCGUGAAUGUUGGUGUGGGUGUUUAUUCGUUUUCUUUGUAUCACAUAUUGCAGAAAAAUACUUUUGCGAUAACUGAAACUAUAGUAGUAAGAGACUAUUUGAUGCUGAUUUGCAUGAUCAAAGGUACUUGAAAUUUGUAGAACGAUAAAGAUCUGGAACGUCGAAACGUACGAAUUGCAAAUCGAAAUGGUCCGAAAUGGCGCAAACGCGUCUGGCAAUUUUGUUACGUUACGCGCGCGACAUCGAUGAUAGAGUAUCGUUAUCGACCUGUGAGAUAACGAUCGUUCGAAACGCCCGGCAGAAACAGCAUCGCAUUACUAACCGGGGCUUUAGUAUCGCGUGAACCGCGAAAGUGGAAGUCAAAACUCGUGUCAAAGGGAGCAUGAGAGAAGACGGGGAUGACGAUCUCCCGUCUAGGGUUAAACUCUCGACGAAUCGAUAAAUUUAGACAUAUUUGUUGACAAUUUUAAUUUCUGACGAUCGUCAGCGGGACUUAGUUCCCUUAAGCUAAAGAAUAAGAGAGAAUUUACAAGAGAGAUACAAUAAAGAGAUAAGCCGAUAAGAGAUAAUAAUAGAAAUAUAGACUAUUGGCUCUUGAAGGGGCGGGGCGGAAAUUCCGGUUGAAGAUGGGGAAAGAUUGAUGACGGAAUCCUGACGAGAAGAGAUGAGAAAGUGUCGUUCAACAUAGACAAAACACGAAGGAGAAUAUGUCGGAUUAGCGGAAAGAGAAGAACGAAGAAACGGAGGUAGGAGAGAAAAAUAAACGAAGUUAAAGGAGUAAGUUUUUUUUCUUUAUUCUUUUUUUUUCUUUUGCGAGGACGCAACUUCGUUCAUCUCGUACCGUAACGUAGAGAGCGAAUUUUGUGAAAGAUAAGAAAAAGAGUGGAGCGAAUAAACAGAAAAGAAAGAACAGAAACAGAAGGGCAGCGUGGAUAGACAACUAGAUAUUUCACUUGCAAAGAGGAAUUGGGAUAUCAAAACAAGCAGGUCUUAUUUUUCUUGUCUUUUUUUUACGUCCCUGUCCCCUCCUCUUCUCUUACCAUUGGAAAAGUCUCGAUUGUACAUCGGUCACGUGGACCAGACGUGACCAAGAUAAGCUCUUCGCGUCACAAAAAAUAAAAAAAACUGAACGUGAGUGAUAGAGAAAAGGGGUGAAAUUUCAAACAAGUGGAAAACAACUAGAGUUAAAACGCAUUAACGCGUCGAAUAUUUGCUUUUAAGUGGACUGAUAAUCAAUGAAUCAGGAUAAUAUUUCGAGAUAGAAUUUUUUUGUCGAAGAAAUAAAGGCAUACAAGAAAAUACGACCUCGCGGCAUUGAUUUUAAAAAAAUCUCUUAGAACAUGAAAAGUUCGCUAAUCACGUAGAUCGAAGCAAGGUACGAUUAGGAAGUAAAAGAAGUACAAAAAGAAAGAGAAAGAGAGAGAAGCGAAAGGAGAUACUGAAGGGGAAGGUGAAGGUGAAAGGAGAAAAGAUUAGAGAGGAACAAUUAGCGACUUGAUCAAAGAUCGAGAAGAAGCAAUGAACGUGCGUUUGCACGAGGUGACACCAGGAGGAGGAAGCGAGGCGAGGGAGGGAGAUACAAACAUCAUCCUCGGCGACGGUCGUCAGCAGCGGGGUCGUUGCUCCGAUCCUCGCGACAAUUGGAUCGGCAAGGCGACGGGUUAUGUCGAUGUCGAUGCGCGUCACAUGGCGAGAGGAAACGAGAUCGAUUUCCCGUCGUGCGAAUUGCUAAAACUCGCGCCGCCUCUACCGCUGUCAUCUCCCCCGCCGUCGUCGUCGUCGUCAUCGUCGUCGUCGUCGUCGUCGUCGUCUUAUGGUCCAGCGAUUGCGUUCGACAACGUGAACGUCUUACCCGACAAUAUUGCCGCACUCUCUCCCAGCAUUACGUCACACACUGGCGAUAAUGUCAGAUUGCGAGCUUGCGCUAUCGGGACGACGUCUUGCCCCACGAUGAAAUUCUCGUAUGCGCCUGGUGCAGGCUGCAACGUGGCAUGCAACAAUGCACCCGUGACGACGUGCAAUAUCACGUCAGCAACGUGCAAUGUCGCCCCGACCGACUGUGAUAGUCCGGAGACGACGUGGUUCCGCGACAACGACAACGACAACGACGGUUCUUUGGCUGAGCCGCGAUCGGGAAGACGCCCGUUGAGCUCGGCGACCUCGAAGAAUUGCCAGCUGGGCCCGAUCGACGUCGAGGACCUCGCGAUGUACUUUGACCCGACGUCGGUGGACGGCUGCAGGCCGCCCGCGACCGGCAAUCGCGCGAUCCACUCGAGGAAACCGCGAUACGGACAGGCCGCGAGGAUGAACCAGCCGCCACGGGAGAGUCCUCGUGACCUCGACUUUCGCGUCCUACGCUCUUGCGACCUGGCGCCCGGCGAUACACUGCGAGCCUGCGACAUGGGACCCAGCACUCUGGCCUAUUGUGAUCUGGGCUACAACGACGACUCGCGGCUCCGCGAUACUCAUUGCGACGUCUAUAACAACUCGGGAUAUAACGACUCGCGGUUUCACGGACCACCACCGUGCGACCCUAGAUUCGGCGAUCCAGGAUUUUGCGACGCGAGAGUACGCGGAGAGCAGCCCCCCCACGAUCUGGGACGGAGCGGUCCGGGGCCGGGCAAUUGGUUCUGUAACGAUUGUCCGGAACUGUUUAAUUUCUGCAGCGAGGAACGGUGGCUGCAGUGCCCAGCGAGCGAUCGCUGUCCCCUUUACGACCCCUCGUACGUUUACGGCGCUCCCGUCUUGCCGCCGUGUAUGUACGAGAAUGGAUAUAACGAUAACGAUAACUGGCAUUACGGCUACGUGGAGGACGACCAGCUUCUCGAGGAUUACCUGAGCAACGAAAAGAGGAAGGAGAGAUCCCGCGAUGCAGCUCGUUGUAGGCGCAGCAGGGAAACCGAUAUCUUCGCUGAACUCGCGGCCAUACUUCCGGUCGCACCGGAACAGGCGACGUUCUUGGAUAAGGCCAGCGUAAUGAGAUUGGCGAUUGCCUACCUCAAAGUCCGGUCUGUUGUGGAUUCCAUUUCGACAAAGUCCGAGUCAUCAACAGAAAUGGAUAAGCUAUUUCCAAAAGCUCUCAACGGCUUUAUGUUAGUUCUCUCCAGUGAUGGUAAUAUGGUCUACCUUUCGGAGAACGUCAGCGAUUAUCUCGGAAUAUCACAAAUGGACAUGAUGGGCCAAAGCGUAUACGAAUAUAGCCAUCCCUGCGACCAUGAUGAAUUGCGUGAGUGCCUCUCCUCGAAACCAACGGAUAACAAUGAGAAACGUGCUUGCAACUUCUUCCUACGGCUUAAAUGCACCCUUACCAGCAAAGGCAGGAAGGUCAAUCUAAAGAGCGCUUCUUACAAGGUAAUUCACUGCACUGGGAGAUUGACGAAUAUCCACGAUUCCAACUCGAAUUCUACGGAAGUUGAUAAUGAAGAGCAAGGGAAAGAGGAUGAAAUCGUGAAACAAGACACAAGCGUCUCCUUGGUGCUCGUGGGUAGUCCAAUACCCCAUCCAAGUAACAUCGAGAUUCCUUUGGGGCGCCAUACCUUCUUAUCGAAACACAAUCUCAGCAUGAAAUUUACUUACGCCGAUGAGAAAUUGGCUGAAUAUCUGGGCUGGAGCAGCGAGGAGCUGAUGGGUCGAUCGGUCUUCGAGUUUUAUCACGCGCUCGACAAUUUGGCGCUGGACAAGUGUUUCAAAUGCCUGUUCAGCAAGGGCCAGUGCGAGACCGUGGCGUACAGGUUUCUGGGCAAACGAGGAGGCUACGCUUGGGUCGUCACCCAAGCCACUCUUAUCCACUGCGCCAAGCAGCAGAAACCAAUCUCCGUUGUCUGCGUCAAUUACAUCCUAAGUGGGGUCGAGCACGAGGAUGAGGUUUACAGCGUGCGCCAGCUGGCCGCGCGUGACACCGGUGUCGAUUUGGUGAAACCGGAGAGACCGUUGCCGGUCUUGGUGCCGACUGCCACUGCGGUCUCGACGACAGACUCGAGUCAAGUGUCGCUGAACGACGAGGAGGAGAUUCCCGCGGAGGAAUCGGCGACCGUCGACGACGAGUCUCCCAGGAGUGACGAUCGACCGCUCGCCGUCACCGCGUCGAUCUUCCGUCCGCGUGACGUUGCGAGGGGUUGCGACAACGACGACUCGCGGAAGGACGACGCUUUGCCGAGGCAGGCCCAAGAGGAGAAGGCGUUCGCACGGGCUCUCAAGGAGUCCCUCGAGGAGUCGCUGAAGGAGAACGACGACCCGGCGACGAUAGACCGACAGAACUGUCGGCCGUUGUCCCUCGCUAAAAAGAAGCUACCCUUCGUAUUCCAGGGUAAAUCGUCAGUGCGCGAUUCCGCGGACAGUGCCGGACAUCGUAAUCGUCCGCAGGCGGUCACGAGACAUCUAUUCGCGCCGCUCGUGACCGUUGCGCAGCAACAGCAACAGGAACAGCAGCAACAACAACAACAACAACAAGUGGAACCGCAAUUAUCCUGCCGACCGCCGCCGCAAACGGCCACAGCGAGUAUUUUCGCGCCUCGCACUGAGGACAUGAACAAGGGCUUUUUGACUUUCAGCGAGGAUCAGCCGGGUCUCACCAUGUUGAAGGAAGAGCCGGACGAUCUGACGCAUCUCGCUCCCACGGCUGGCGACGUAUGUGUACUCCUAGAGGACACUCCCAUCCUGUCAGAUAUGCUGGAUGAAUUUAUCUUCGGUAACGAUAAGCUCAACUACAGCUGUCCCCUGCUGAGUCCAGGCGACGCUUUGACGCCGGAAUUGCGUUCCGCAGACCUCUCGGGGUCCCUCAAGGAUGCCGAUUUGGUGGACGUUGCUACCAAGACAAAGGACGCGGUUGAUCGUCUGGCCGAUGGUGAUCCCUUCAUGUAUGGCGACUCACCCGGAAGUCCAUGCGGCAUUGACCCGAACACGGUGUCGCCAUCCCUUUCGAAGUUCCGACAGAGUCCUGAACGCAGCCUGGACUCACUUGGUAGUCCUACAGGAGGCAGCGGUGGCGAUGGCCUCUCCGAGGAUGAGAUGCUUAUGUUAGGUAUCACUGAUAGUAUAGGAGACGACGAGUUAGCACUUAGAGCACCAUAUAUUCCGAUGUCAGAUCAAGACGAGGCAUUAGAAUUGCUUAUCAACGAUGACAUGGUCAUGUGGGGCUCGUCACAGCCUACCGACAAAGGAUCCUCGAAGUGGCUACUAGAUGAUCGAGAACGUGGUUCUGAAUCUAGUUUGGCACAAUUGCUACGAACCGAUCAAGCGGUCUCGCGGCGAUACAAUGACCACGGCGGAGGCUUGCUUAAUCCAACACAGUUACUAGGCCAAACACUCAGAAAAAAUACAGCCUUCGAGUCUUCUAAUCAGGAACGGAUUGACCGUCCCAAUAAGCGCAUUCACUCCGGUCUCAAUAUAGAUUCCGAGAACGAGUACAAGCGUCUUAAGUGUGAGGACUCGUCUUUCGAACGUAUAAAUCUCGAAGAUACUUUGAUGAUGAAGCAACAGCGGCUGUCGACAACGCUUCACAAGAAGUCACCGUCGAGUCUCGAUAACACCUGCGAUAGUCAGCUUUUACGUCGUCUGGUCUCGUCGCAGAUGUCGAAUAUCGUGUCGCAGGCGACAACUUUAUCCAACGGCGAUAUCCGCAGUAGCGGCGAACAUCGCGAAGACAUUUCGAAGCAGCACGAUCGUAUCCUCGAUGAUAUUAUCGACUUCGUCGAAACGGAGGGCGACCGCGGCGGAGGAGGAGGAGGAGGCGAAAAUCGCGGCGGCGACGGCAACGGCCUAGAUAAGAUCGACGUGACGAGUCGGAGAAGGAAUUCUUCCUGCGGCGCUGGCGGCAGCAGUGUGUUAAUGAAUCUCCUGGUUUCCGGCUGCGAUGAUUCCCUGAUGAAUUCCCGCAAUGUGCCAACCAUGUUAUCAAGGAACCUAACAACCCCGUUGUCUGUGAACGUGGACAAUCAGAUGGUACCGCAUUGCGCGAACGCGAAUGUCAAUGUCAUGUCUUUGCCCGAUCAUCUCAGCCCGGAUACCAGGAAGCAUCUGAUCGGAUCCUUCUCCGAUAGCGGCGGCGGUGGAAGUGGAGGUGUAACCCCAAUAAUCUCGCCCACCACGUCCGCGAUGGCAUCCUUCGACGGCUUCGAUUACGAUGGGUCCGCGGGCCUGUUGCAAGUGGGACCGGAGCUACUCGACGGAUUGCUGGAUCGAAAUCUGGUGUGAUCCAACGUGAUAUGAUUUAUUGGUUGUCGGCGCAUCAGAAAUCGAUCGAGAAAAUUAGAAGCUGAAUUCGAUAUUAAUUUUCUCUAGUAAAAGAUCAUCCUUUCACUUUCUUUUCGCGAUACGAUUCGAGUAUUAUUACGAUCAAUAUAUUGUUACAAUUUUUGUUGUAAUCAAAUUGUUAUCAGGUUGUUGAUUAACUUGCUAUUGCCGACGUUACACUCAGUUUCAGAAUCUGUACAAUAUUAAAUAUUGAGAAAUACAGAGAAUGAGAAAUGAUGAAUUAGAGUGCGAUUCAAAUUCCGCUUCUAAUUUCUGUGUAAAUAGUCAUUUAAUUCCCGGUGCUCUGUAAUAAUUCAUUAAGCAUCAAAAAUUCCAGAAGUACAAUAAAUGAAGCGCGAUUUACGUUAGAUGUUCAAGAGGACGCUCGAUCAAUGUAAAGAUACGAAAUUAAGAAGUUAAGUAAGAAAUUUUAAGUUUUCAGAAUUUUAAGUGAUAUUUUUAGAAUGAACUUUUUUUAAUGAUUUCUUUAUAGUAGUAGUAAUAGAUUCACGUCUCUUUACAUUUUUCUCUGGAAUUCGCGUGCGAAUGUUUACCAAGUGUGCCAAUGGAUUCUCAUUAGUAUGAAACAGAUUAGUACGAGGGAAUUAAUCCAUGCGAGCUGCGCGACGAAUUAAGCUUGGCAAAUGAUGAUUUUGUGUAAAAAUGCAAGUCUGUUAGUCGCGUCAAUCAAAGGCUAUAGUGUUUAUAAAAUUAUGACAAAGAAUUUAUAGAAUUUUUGUGUGCAUGUAGAUCUCUUACUUUUUUUCGUGUUUUAUAAACAUUAUAUGUACCAUAAUUUUUUUAUAAUUAAAAUGCGUUGAAAUAAUAAUUUAAGGAAGAGCUCUUAUAAGUUAGAUUUAAUGUUUUAACAAAUUAUCUCUCUAUUUUGUGGAAUUUAUAAUUUUUGUAACAUAUUCCUCUUCUUAGCUUCUGUUUUAUGCGAUGGGAUUUAAAAUAUAAAGAUAAUAAAAGACGCAUAAUUGUAAAUUAAACACAUUAUGGACAGUUCAUAAGAUGUUAUUUAAUAAUAAUAAAAAUAAUUUCUAAAUUUUAAUGUGUUCAAAAAUUAGUAGGCAUCUGAAAUGAAACAAUUAUAAUGAAAAAAUUUAUUAAAAAAAUUUAUUGUAUAAUUAUUAACAUAUUUCUAAGGGAGAAGUAAAUGUUAUAGCCUUUUAGCGGCUCGACCUGUCUUUUCUAAAAGUUGUAUAUAAACGAUGCAUUUAUACGCAUUGGCAAAUUUGCAAAUAUAAAUAUAAAUAUAUAUAUAUACAUAUAAACUGUAUAAUGAAUAGGAAAUUUAAAUAAAAUAGGGAGAAAUGUUAUGUUGAGAGCAAUUAUUGAAUGUGAGAAAGUAAUAAUGAUUUAGCAGAUAUUUUAAAUGAAUAAUUGUAAAACAAACAAGAACAAUAUUAUUCGAUACUAUUUCCAUUUUAAAAAUGCAAUAUGACAAAUGCAAAAAGUGAAAAGUAUUUGUAAUAUUUAUCUUCUUUUUAUAUAUCUCACAUAAAUAUAAUUUCAACAUUCCUUUAAACACUUUUUCUUUCUGCUUUAGAAAUAAUGAAGUAAUAAGAAUACCGAUUACUUAUAAAAUUUUGUAUUCUGAUUUUUAAAAUUGACGAAAAA